AUGGCAGAAUCUAAUAGAAGUUAAUAUGAAUAAAACUAGCUAUCUUAAUUAGCUUAAAGAAUUUUACCAGAAACCUCUAAAAUAUUUUGGAUAUUAUAAAGAAUAGAUUAUGAUAGAUAAAAAAGCAAUCAUGAUCAUGAUUUACAAACUUAGAUAAUCACUGUUGAUACUGUUAUUAUUUUUGCUAGAUCAGUUUACUAAACUACUCUAGAUGGAUAAAAAGCUUAUAAUAUUUUAUAAAUGCUAGACGGACUAAAAAUAGGAAUGCUGAAUAAAGAAUCAUUUAAUCAAGCAAUUGCAAUUAAAUUGCGUGAACUUUUUGGGGAAAUUGUUUAUAAAAUGUCUUUCUAACUACAAUCUGAAAUUAAGGUUUUACAUAUUAUCAUAGCAAAUAUUUUUAUGGCUAACUAGCAUCCACUUAAUAGCCAAUUAACAGACUAUAUACAAAAAAAAUAAUCUUUAAAUAUUAUAGCUGAGUUUAUCCAUAAAUUACAUCUCCAACCUUUAGAAAAUAAAAAAGAAAUGUCUGAUGAAAUAUUUGAUUUUAUGUAAUAAAUUAACUUAAUUUUAGAGAAUUUAGCUGUGAAUUUGGCUAUAGAUACAAACGAAAAUAAUCUUUAGGCUAUUUGUAAAUUAUUAUCAUACCAGCUUCUUAGUAUAGACUAAAAUGAUAUGAGCAGCAUAGCUGAUUUUAUGAAUAUUGUUUAUUAGAAAAUGAGUGAUUAUAAUUUUUUUAACUUGUUAAUGAAUAAAAUUGGAGAAUUUUAAUAUCAAAAUACUAUCGAAUACACUUUUUUAAUUUAAAUACUUCGUCUUAUACUGUGCAGUGGACGUGUUUACAAUUAAAAUUUUAAUGGAGAGAAAUUCGUAGUCUAAUUUUUGGAAAACUAUCCUUAAGUAUUUACAUUUAAUUUUGUAACUAAUUUGAUAAUAAAUUGCUAAUUUGAUUAAUUGGAAGUAUAAUUUAUGCAGUAAACUACAUAGUAAGAUAGCGAUGAAGAGUUUCUUCUGUAAUUAGAAAUGCAAGUUAAAUAAAAACAAAAUGUUAGAUAAGAAUCUUUGUAGAUUCUGCUCUAUCUUUGUAAAUACCAUUCUAGGUUUAGAAAAUAUCUUGUUGAAAGCACAGACUAUUUUUCGUAUUAAGUUUAGAAUUUAUCCCUCAUUGAUGAAUUUUCAUUGUGUUUGGUAUCUUAUAUUAUUUUAGAAAUAUCUCAAUAAGAGCUUAUAGAAAAAUCUAAAACUGUUAAUUAUGCAGCUUCAAAUCUUCUUGCUCAGCAACUCCUCUUCUUUGGAUAGAAUUUUUUAUCUUUAAAUGUAUAAAAUCACCCAUAUUUUUCAGAAAUAUUAUUUAAUGGAAUCGAUAUCGUGAACAACUCUCUUUUUCUGUUACAAUACCUCCCAGGUGAUAUAGAUAAGAUAUUUGAGCUAAUUGACAAUUUAUUCAAAUCAACUAAUGAAGAUAUAUAAAGCAGAGUGUUAAGAAUUUUCAAAAAUAUUAUUGAUUCUAGUGAAGAAAAGCUCAAGUUGAAAUUUAUAACUCAAUCUAGAUUAGACAUCAUAUAUUUUGAAUUGUAAAAAUAAGAAUCUCCUCUUAGAAUGUAGUGUCUUAGCAUUAUAAAAUCUCUCAUAAACUCAGGAAUGAUCAUUGAAACUCUUCAUUCUCAUUUGAUAAAUACACUAAUUAAAAAUAAAUACAGUGAUGAAGAGAAUAUUUUUAUUAUGCAAAUAUUUAGAACCAUCACUGAGAAAUAAAAGGAAUUUGUAUUGAUAGGCAUGCUGGAAAACGGUCUUUUAGAAAAAAUAAGCAAAGUUGUUUUAGAAAGCUUUAGUUCAUUUAAACUAGAUUCACUAAAUGAAAUUUGUAUUUAUGAAAAUCCUUACUUAAGCUUUGAUUUCUUUAUUGAUUAUAUCUCAAUCAUUUAGCAGAUAGCUUUGAAUAACAAAAAUAAUAAAUUUGAAUCAUUUUUAAAAGAGUCUUUCUUUAAGAAUCUGCACAGUAUUUUUUAGAUGUACUUCGAAAAUAAAUAGUUUUGCUUGAUGACAAUAAAUUAGAAGAUUGAAAUCACAAUUAAUUAAAAAAGCGUUUCUCAUAGAUUAGCUUAUGUUAUCCUUGACUUGAUGAAUCACUUUCAAACUACAUGCAAAAAUAAUUUAAUAAUUGAAUCUCUUAUAUCAAGACUGAGCAAUUAGUUUAACUAUGAGAUUUACAAAAUAUAUUAACUUUCUUAGAUAGAUAAUAUACCUAUUAAUGUUAUGAUAGAAGUUAAAUUCAUAGAAAUAAUCCCUAUUGAUUUAAAUACAACUUUGGGGGAUAAAUUCAAAGUUUCCAAAGAUAUUACAUACACUGAUUUUAUGAGAUUUAUUCAGCUGAAUUUUUAAUAGGGAAAGUAUAGUUUUAAAAUUAAGAACAUAGAUGAUAACACAGAUAUAGAAGAUGAUCAAUCAUUAUAAAAAUCUAUUAAAAAAGCUAUGGAAGUUAAAAUUUAAAGUGAUGAAAAAAUGUUUUCACUCAGAAUCAGAAUUAUAGCAACUCCAGUUUAAUAGUAAUAGUAAAUAGCAAAUUAAUAAAUAUAUAUAGAUUAUCUACAAUAGUAAUGGCCUCAUGCAAAUAUGGUCUAUGGAGGAUAGCGAAUUCCCUAUCCUCCUUAAUUGUAACAGCCACAAUAAAUACUAUAAAAUAGAUACCUAGUUUUCUGUAAAAUAUGUAAAGGUACUUUUCAGAGCUAUGGACAAAUUGUUUCCCCAUGCUUACUUUGUAAUAAUUUUAUUCCUAAUUAAUUUUCGUAUCAAGCUAUACCCACAGCACCAAAUAUAUAUACUGCAUUUCCUCCUCAAAUAUAGUAACCAUAAAUUGCUCCUUAAUUAUUACCUGUUCAAGCACUUCCCCAAUAGUUAUAAUUAGCAUAUUCUCCAAUAAAUGCGUCUUCUAAGAGUAAAACAUAGCUAAGUAGUCCUUAUAAAUUAGACUGA